GAUUAAGCUACUUUUUUUCUGACACUGAAAGGAAUCAACAAAGUCGAUCUGAACUGAUCAUGUCAGAUCUCAUCUCGGUAAACGUUUUAUUCCACGUACCUGAAGGCUUGGAAUUUGUGGCUGUGGAUGAUAUUAAAGAAGGGCUUGCCGGACAAUGCACCAACAAUUCAUUCGAUGCUCCACCUAAAACUGGCCGAGUCCAUUUGCGAUGCAGUGCCGUCAAUCUCGAGGCUUUGAUUGAAGCAUUGAAAACGUCGCGAUUUCUCAGCGUAGACAAGGUCACUCUUAUUCUCUCUGAAUCCAAAAUUCCUGCGUCGACUUUUGCCAACACCGACGAGACCUACGAAUUCGUUGCCAAUGCGACCAGAUCAACACCAUGGGCCUCAGCGUUGGCCAUACUUGAUCUCCCGUCUACACCCUCUUUCCGAGCUACAUUCUACAAGGGACAAUUAAAGCAUAGUGGAAAAUCGCAAGAAUUGGCUGGUUGGAUUGGAUAUGCUUUCAGUGAACACUAUGCCGACUGGAAAGUCAAUCUGACUCAGUAUAAUGUGGAUGUUGUGGGGAUAUGGUUCCGGUCAGAGACUGACGUUGACGCAGCAAAGCCCUCUUCAGAAUGCGAGCCUACUUUGCUCAUGGGAUUGAACGUUCCUGUACCGGAUCCAAAAUAUCGCAAUCGCGUUCACCUUGGAAGAACAAGCUUGAAUCCGUGCAUUGCUCAUUGUCUUACAAGGCUGGCCGACCCAAAACCCGGACAACUAAUUCUUGAUAUGUGUUGCGGCACAGGGACCAUCCCUAUAGAAGGUGCUUCAAAAUAUCCAAAUACUUUGUGGAUCGGUAGUGAAGUCCAUCCAAAGACGUUGUGUAUGAAGGCCAAAGGAAACAUGGAACAUGCAAAUUUGAAAAAUGUCGAGCUUAUGCUGGGCGAUGGCCGACGAUUACAUUUCCGAGAUGGUUGCAUUGACACUGUUGUAUCAGACUGGCCGUGGGGUUUGCGGGAGAGCACGUAUGCGCAGAUUCAAAAGUUGUAUCCAAAAUUUGUACGUCAAAUGGGAAACGUACUGCGCGUUGGUGGGAAAGCAUUGGUGGUGACGCAAGGGCAAAAGUUGAUGAACCGUGUUCUCGCUUAUCCUUGGUGUGUAGCAAUGUGGCAUACACAGGCUAUUAUACCCAUUGGCAUUGGCGGUUAUGAUGUUUAUUUGUACAUACUGCAAAAAAUGGCAUGAAUUCACUAGAUCGAGGAGAAAAAAAGGAACUAAAUAUCAAUGUAUAACAUACAGAGAAUAGAGUUCAUGGUCAAUUGAGGGAAUUGAAUUUGAUUUCUUGGCUAUCGAAGAGCUCUUUAUCUAGAUCUUAAAAUGUGAUUCCUAAUCAUGAACUAACCGCAACGCUCCUGUUAG